CCUGUAUCUUUUCUCUAGCUCCAUAUCUCAACCACCAUCGACACUUCAACAUGGGUGACGCUUCAGUUUACUCCUACCCUUCCCCUCUAGCUGGAUACGAAAAUGCCCCACCUUUGCCUGAAGAGAAGGCUGAGGAUGGCAAGAGUUACGUGAAUCCUCCGGCAGAGAAGCUCAGCGAGGCAUACGACAAGUUUAUUGCACCCCUUGAUCAGGGUAUCCGAGGAGGCUUUGAUCUUCACAUCUACUAUCUUCAGACCAACCCGGAACAGUCCAAGUAUGCCAAUGAGUUGUGGCAACGCAUCCGAAGAGAAUUUCCUGAACUCCGAAUCUAUCGCUUCUGGGAUCGACCAAUCGGCCCUCACCCAAUCGCCAUGUUCGAGGUCAACGUCUUCACACCCGCACAAUUUGGCGCAUUCGUCUCAUGGCUGGCAAUCUGGCGUGGACCUUUGUCGGUGCUGAUCCAUCCCAAUGUCAUCCCAGAAGAGGGCGUCGAUCACAGAGCAUCGGAGAAGCGAGAUCACUUGGAGAGGGCCAUCUGGAUGGGUGAGAGGUUGCCACUGGAUGUCAGUCUAUUCAACAGGAAGUGAAGGAUGCAUGUAAUGAUGAUGAAUGGGGAUAUGGCGUGUAAAGGAAAUUGCGAUUGACUGAACCUAAAAGGAGCACUCCUAUUAAUAAGACUUGACAAUACUCG